UUUCUUUUUUUUCUCUUUAAGCUUUCCUCCCCCUCCACAUGGUCACCAUGAGCAUAUAAAACCUUCCCCCUCUCCUCCCACUUCCCCACUCGCAUCCCCUCUCAGAAAGUACCACCAGCCCAAGUCACACCCACUGGGCACUGACCGAGAAGCUUAAUAGGAUGUCACACCACGACCAACUCACUCACUCGCCAUCACCAAGGCCAAAGAGCGCAAUCAGCGCCAGGGAGAUCCAGCAGCUCUCAUCAAAGAAACGCCACAAACGACUGGCCUAUGGCCCAAACUACAUCCCAGAGGAGGAGACCAUCCGGAAUGACUACUCCCUCAACUACGUCCUCACUGGCUCACGACCACAGAACCACAUCCAGAAUACUGCACUCGAGACUCGGUUUGCAGAGUACCCGAAACUCAAGAAGCUACUCCAGCUCAAGCGAUCACUCGUCACCAGUCAUGCCCAUCCACCCACCUACAUCCAAGCCGACCUGCGUCCAAACCGACCCGACUCAUUCAACCUGCUCGAGCUCAGCCCCGCCAGGUUUGACGUCAUCCUACUCGACCCUCCUCUCAAGGAAUACGUCGAGAACUAUCCUGCUCUGUCCAAUGAGCCCUCGAUCGCCGGAUGCGGCGGCCCGCCCGACCAGCCCCGCGAUUACUGGGACUGGGACGAGCUCGAGAAUCUACCACUGCCCCAGAUCGCCGCCAGUCCUGGCUUUGUCUUCCUCUGGUGUGGCUCUGGCCAGGGUUCGACCUUGGAACGUGGCAGGGCACUCCUCGCUAAAUGGGGCUACAGGAAAUGCGAAGACCUCGUCUGGAUCAAAACUAACUCGACCCAGAUCGGCUCCCCUCAACCCUCCGCCAUCCCCGCCGUCUUCACUCCCACCAAGGAACAUUGUCUUAUGGGCAUCCGUGGUACCGUCCGUCGCUCGACUGACGGCCAUUUCGUUCACUGUAACGUGGAUACUGACGUCAUCGUUUCUGAACCCGAUCCAACCGAUGUGCUUCACAAACCAGAGGAGCUUUACCAACUCAUCGAGAACUUUUGUCUCGGUCGACGGCGGCUAGAGCUCUUUGGUUCCUCCCGAUGUCUACGCCCAGGCUGGCUGACGAUCGGCUCACACUGUGUUCCCCCAACGAUCAAGACUGAUGAGCAGGCCCUCGACCCUCACCUCCGACCGGUACCUUACUCGCAAGCCGAAUACCUCUCCCAUUUUCUUGACUCUGCUGGUCGGACUCACAACCUCUUACCCUCUCAUGCCGAUAUUGACAACCUCCGACCACGUUCCCCACCUAGUCGAAUCACUACGGCGGCGAUCACUGGCCCAGGCCUAGCGCCAGGAAUGGGGAUAGGCUAUGCCGUUCCAGUGGGGAUGCCGAUCGUGGGCCCGGGUGGCACGAUCGUAACGACGACGAUCAGCGGACGGAAUACGCUCUCCCAUCCCUCGGGCGGGCUCGGGCGGGGACCGGGCAAUGCGCUUCUGCCUGGGAUGCGUGUCUCCGGCCUGCGGGACUCCAACAACCCAAUCCACAACCGAGCAAACAACAACAACAACAACCAACAGCAGCAACAGCAACCCUUUGGCCCUCACGCCAACACCUUCUUCCACCACAACUUUCCCCUUUCACCCUCCUACCCCUUCCUCCAGACAUCCCAUUAUCCUACCCAUCAAUCCUGGACCGGUCAUCCCCAAUUGAUCUACCCUCAUCAGCACUUCCAGGCCGGUCAAAACGCCUACGGUAUGCACCAACCCCAGCCAAUCUACUAUCAUCCCCCGAAUCCAUCCCAGCAACCUUUCAACCAGCAAUUCCAAAACCAUCAUCAUCAUCAGCAACAGCAGCAGCAGCAGCAACCAAAUCCCUCUCGCCAAUAUCCCGCCUAUCAUCAAUCUAAUUCUCCCGUUGAUCCUGCCUCCGCCGCUUCCAAUUGGACGUUCUCUAAUUACCCUCAACCUCAUCAUCAAAAUUAUCAACAACAACCCCCACAGCCUUUUUAUCCCUCCUAUGCUGCCCAGCAUCCUAAUCCGCCUUCUAAUCAACACCAACAACAGCAGCAGCAAUCACAUCAGCAGCAACACCAACAGCAACAACAACCUUGAUCUAUAUACCCUUUCGCUUUUUUUUUCUGGCAUUUGAACUCAAACCCCGACUAAUAUUCACUCUUCGGAUUGCUAUCACCAUCACUCUUGUUCACAUCAAAACUAAUCAUCAUCAUCAUCGUACUGCUACAAUGGUUUUUCUAGAAUAUUGCUUUCUUUUACUUGAUUUAGCGAUACAUGGUUUUCAUUAGACCCAUUUAUACUAAUCAUACGAAUACUAAUAAUAAUAAUACUAAUAAUCAUAAUCAUAGAGUUACUUGGUCUUCAUCACACAAUACAUCAAAAAUCGAUCGCGGUCAAUAUAACAAUAACGAUCAAGCCUGGAGAAUGUAAACUUUUGUCUAGUCUGUUACUCUUUUUUUGAGUAUUUUUUUUUUCUUGCAUAUUAUAAGUUAUGUUUCAUAAUUGUAAUCAGUGUUAUAUAUACUGGUAUAUAUAUAGAAGUAUGUAUAUAUAUAUAUAUGAAUCGUACAUUAGUAAGACUUGUAUAUAUGGUGAUUACUUGUAUA